UUGACUAAUCGAUAUAAUUGGUGUGGUUGUGGUGUGAACUGUCACGUCUUGUCAGCUGUCACAGCAAUGUUGUCCCAGUUGGCAUAUUGUCAUGUUCGUAGUUGAUACUCAGGUGGUUUUUAUCUCAGAACAUUAUGAUUUGCGUUAUGUUUUGCCUGGAGUAGUAACGAUAUCUUAUUUACUUGUUUACACAUCGAUAUUUGCCCUUUACAUGUAGAGGGGUCUUUUUCUUGCCUCUGAUUUAUUGCCAGUGCUUGGCACCGAGUGUGACUGCACGCAGGUGGGGGAAAUCCUCCUUAUACCAGCUCGUAUGACCCCUGUGAAAUACAAUCUCUGUAAAUGUCAAGCCAGAGACGCCCUUCUGUAAAUUUUGAUCCAUUUUCAGCAUAAACCUUUCAUUUUUGUAUUGUGUUGUAUAUUGAAAAUUAGUCUAAAUUGAGGACCAUUUGGACUGUUGGUCAAACAUUUGUUUGUUUUGUUAGUCAAUAAUAAUAAGCUGAUUAUCUUUGGAUUUUGACAUUUUCAGGACCAAAUGAUCAUUUGAUUAAACCAUCGCGUUUCCCCAUGAUGAACAUAAUCGUUAGUUGCAGUUGCAGUAUUAUUUCUUGAGCUGCAUGUAUUAAAAUUUCUCUUUACCCACUACAUUUUGAUUUAGUCUCAAGGUGUUAUCGAGGUGUCAUUACACUGUGGGUUGUACUCUCGGAUCAAACAUGAACCAAAUAUCUUUCCUCUUAGCUCACUUAAGUCGUGGGAUCCCUUUUUAAGAAGCCUAGUGAAUCACAAGGCUCUGCAGGAAUGUAGCUUUAGGCCAGUCUUAUGCCAUUUUAUAAUAAAGCUCUUGUUUUCCACUGUGUGUUUUCUGCUGAGAAAGCUCUGUGAAGGUUUGAUUUCCUUUCCUGCUGCCUCCUGACCCAGAAAGGAAGCAGUGACCACAGCUGUGAAAAUGCUUGUUUAGCCUUGUGUGAAGAUGUUGUGUUAAACUGUAAUAUUUAAACCUUCGUGGAGGUAUUGGUACUCUGAAAAGAGACAUUUGGUUGUCUCUGUUUUGUUUAUAGCGUUAGACCCUGAGCUGAUGCCCCCAGCUGUGCAAACUGAAGUGGUAUGUGUGUCGGUUUGUAACAUUGAGCUGAGCUUAAUAGUGCUGGCUGCAAUCUGGCUGUGUCAUUUCAUAGAUUUAUGAGAGUUAUAAUUGCCUCUUCAAUUCUUACUUUUUAAAUAAAUAAGCACAAAAUGUCAGCUGGCAUAUACAACGUGAAGUGCUGCAGAAAGUGAGUUUAUUGAAUUUGAGCCCCGGGUAAAAGUUAUGUUUGUUAACAGUUAAUAUUAUUCUAAAAUCAUCUGAAUUAAAUAUUAAUUCAAGCUAAGGUAGUAAAGGACAGUUCUCUCUUUUUUAAUACAACAUUUGCUAUUGUAAAAUAAGCAGCGCGUGAAAGUUAAUUCGAGACAUUAGGAACUGCGGUUGAGGAAAUGAUCUCACCAGAGCAUCGAUUUCAUAGCUGUUCAGGAGCUUGUGGUGAGAACGUUUUAAGUAUGGUUACUACAUUCACAACACAGAGUUUCUUAUUUCUUUUAUUCAUUUAAAUUUCAUGAAUCGUGAAGAUUUGGUCUGACUUUGUAGGUUUGACUGACAGAUUAUUGAUUUGAACUCUGUGGGUGAUUAGUUCAGAGUUUUGUUUGGAGGAUCUGCUUCCUCUUUCAAACGGCUGUCGUCACUGCCAUUCUUUUUUUGAAAGACAGAACUGACAUAAGGUCGUUAUCACACCUGAAAAUAGAGGAAGUGAAGCAGAAUGAUUUACAAUAUGAACCUCUGUCUUCUGUUGUUCUGCUGUUUUGAUUUCCACAGCAAGAAAACCACUGCCUGUCUGUGAGGUGAAGUUACUAACCUACCUGGCCAACAGAGUCGCCCACCAUAAUGUCCCCAUCUGUCUGUUGACACUGACGGCUUCCCUGACACUGAGCAGAGGAAGGCGGCUGGAAGCUGGCUAGCAUGCAGCACUGGCCCGGUGUUUCCAGGAGGCGGCUCUGCUGAGAGGCGAGUGGUCGGCGCUGAGUGUGUGACUGCUGAACCAGCCAUGGAUGAUUUCACCACCAGGACGUACGGCACCAGCGGCCUGGACAACAGACCCCUGUUCGGGGAGACCUCGGCACGGGAUCGAAUCAUCAACCUGGCAGUGGGGGGAUUUACAUCACUGGUUGUUUUAGUGACCGUUAUUAGUUCAUUCGUGUUCCCCUCGUUGCCUCCACGACCGCUUAAUGUCUUCUUUGCCGUGUGUAUCCUGCUGGCCUGUGGAUCCAUUAUAGUGCUGAUAUUCUGGUAUCGGCAGGGCGAUCUGGAGCCUAAAUUCAGAAAUCUGAUCUACUACAUGCUGGUAUCCAUCGUGCUGCUGUGUCUAUGUGCCAACCUCUACUUCCACAACGUCAGGUAAAGGCAGGGACAAGGAAGAGGAGGAAGAAGAAGAUAAACAAGGGAAGACAUGGCUUUGACAGAUGGAAACACACGUGUGGAAGGACUACAUGGAGAACCAGCUGGACCAACCUGCAACAAAAAAAGAAAAGAAAAGAAAACUCACUGAGCUGCAGCAAACUGAAGACUCUCCAAAACGUGAUGAUUCCAAUGGGAUGAAGACUGUUGGUGCUGCACACAUGAUGUCACAGUGUAGAAGUCACGAUGUACUGUUAGAGGCCAUAAAUCUGCCUGGAGAUGCACAGCUGGAGGAUGAACUUUGAAUUGAAACAGGUGUGUUUACAUGCACAUAAACAUCGUCAGUCUCUCACUCUUCAAAACAACGAGCACUUAUGACAGAAUACAACAGGUUUGUUCAUGAUACAGCAGUUAAAGGAAAAAUCUGCCUUUCGUUCAUGUCACCAUAGAUCCCAUCUCAUCUGUGUUAUGUCAAAUGUUUUGUUUUGGUUUUUUUUACACAUUUAUCUUUGCCCUCAAGUUGUAGAUUAUCUAUACUUAUAUCUCUAAACAACUGUCAGAGGAAAGAAGACAAAAUAUUGCUUUCGGUCAUCACAGGUGCAUGUUGUUCUGUUGUAUAAACAGUUUAAUCAUGACACGAGCUGUGUCUCGUUUUAAAGUUUGUUUUUCAAAGACCAAGUUUUCGUUCAUCCAAAUUCCAAUCAUCAGAUCUGCUGCCUGCAGCAGGAAAUAUCACGACAGGAAACGGACCAAUGAAGAGCGACCGAUGGGAGUUGUUCAACUUUAUGGCAAAGACCACCUGAAUGCACCAUUAGACUUUAUUCUCUGUGUGGCUGUGCAGUCCUCCCAUAAAACACUUUGUAUUCUCAGAGCCAGGAUGAUGGCUCUUUGGAUCCGAUUCACUCACUUCACAACUGACCAUCUUUUUAGAUUUCUGAAAACACUUUAUUUUUUUUCUGCUUUCAAACUGAAUUUAUAGCUGAUGGACACGUCGACUCACAGCAACACUCACAUGCUGAGGUUUUUAACUGUCCAGAUUUUAACGGGGUGCAUUUUUCCUUUAACCAGGAUUACGAGCAUGUAAACACACUGAGUGACACAGGAGGUGGUGGGGAGGGUGGGGGUGGACCCUCCCCUUCCCUUCAGUACUGUAGACUGUAGUACAAACUAGCUCACGCAGCAUAGCACAAGCAGCUUCAGGGUUUGGUGGCAAAUAUAUGCAACAGUUUUCUAUGUAUUCGUUGCUGUUUUUCUGCUCCCUCAGCUUAACUCAUUUUCCUGGUUGGAUUUAAUGAAUUUCAAAGUCUUUCUAAGAGGAUUUUUUUUUUUUAUGGAGUCUCGUUUAAAUUCUAAAUUACACUGACUCGCUGCCAAUUCUUGCACUAAGUAUUGGUUGACUUAAACUUUAGUCUAAGCCAUACAUGCACACACAAAUACACACACACAUACUCAGGCCAGCUGUUGCUCCAGUGGAAAACGAAUGGGAGCAUUUUAUGUGGCUUUACAGUGAAGCUGCACAGCACAACAGAUCUUUAUGUGGAUCUGCACAUGUUUCUAUAUCACAUUGAUGUGUCUGCCAUCUGAAUUUUGCACUAAUAAUUCUGCCAUUUGCAAAUCUGAGUUUUUUCGGUCUGUAGCACGAAGUAGCUGUAAGUUUGAUACCUCUGUUUGUUUUUACUUCAAGAUCCAAAAUUAACGUCAUGAAAAAAAAAUUGGUAUUUUAGGUCUGUUGAGCUCACCGCAUUUACUUUGUUAAAACUGGUGUGGUUUGCAUGUUGCAGGUUAGAGAAACACUGUGGUUUACAAACCGAUGUCUUCUGUACGCAGAACAGAAAGAAAAGAUGGGCUGUUUCCAAAUGCACUCAUGCACCAAAGUUCUUUUUAUGCUUUAAAUGACUAUUGUUUUCUUGUUUGGUUGAGAAAUGUUAGAAAAUAGUCCCAAAACAUGCUCAUCACCGUUUCUUAAAGCUUUUCAAAACCCAAAGACAUUCCAGUGUUCCACUAGGAAUAACAAAUAAUCAUGUGACUUAAACGACGGGUCGAUUAAUCUUCUGUCAGUUGACUUAUCGGCUCACUGUUUCAGCUGCAACAAAGAGAUUCACUCAGUCGUUACAUCCUCUGCCAAAGUCAAGCUGAGGGGUGCAGUCGAAUAGUCUUUAUUUACUUUAGAAGGUUUCUGAGUGAAAUAAUCUGGAAGUAUGAAAAUGGCAGCCAUGAUGAGAGGAGUUUGACUUCUAAAAAAUGCUAAAGAAAGGUGUGUCAGUGCAUCAGGACACACUGGACCAUGCGUUACCUUUAUUAAUUCUCCUUCACUUGUUUCCUUGGUUUCUUGACAUUUUCCAUUGAGGUCAAGCAAAAGUGUUUAGGAAAAGAACGUGAUUUUAUUUUUGACUGUUCGACUGCAUCCCUGAUGUCAGGAUUGGACGCAGGAAGUGAAAAUCUAACCUGUUAGAUGUAAGUCUUAAAGGAAGAGGCUGCCAUUAUUAUGUAUUUUUCUCACUGUCAGCAAAUGAAAAGACCGAAAACCAACAAUGGGUUAGUUUGUCUGUCGGUAAAACAAAAACAUCAGGCUGGUCAGUGGCUCCGUGUGACGUCACCAGACAUGUUUUCUGGGCGUCGAAGCAGCUUCAGAUUAACUGCAGACGUCUUGAGUAGCUUAAAAUCUCGCAUAGCAUUUGUGUCCUUGUCUUGCAGCUGUAGAUUUGUUUACAGGUGGUCUGCAGUAUCACUUUUUGUAAACUGAGUGACAUGUAACUGACAACACAGUGACAGCUCAGUGCUGAAUAAACUGAAAGGGGAAACAAGCCCCGCCUUCCACCAGAGGAGUCAACCUCGCCACGACUUUAGGAUUGUCAAAGCCAUGUGUUUUCUUUGGUAUUUAUUUCAUUUAUUUUAUGGAAUAAAUAAUUGUGUACCCUGA